CCUUUGUCAGUGGGGAAAGGUGAUAUUACAAAUAUAUUGCGUAUUUGCACAUUGUAAGCAAUUUAUCACCGAGGAGUUUUAUCCUAAAAACGGAUACAAAUUGUAAAAAAAUAAAAAAUGCCCCGUGUGAACACAACACAACUACCUCUCAGCUGACCAUAGAAAGAAGUGCGGGGGUACGUGAGGUGAGGCGCUGGAUACUGCACCCAACACGCGGUUGAGAGGCGCCGGUCACCUACGGAUCCCGCCGCCACCCGCCUAGAAGGCGCGCUCCGUGUGCACCGGGGAUGGAGGAAUGGUGGGCAGCGCGGGGGGCCUCCGGCUGCUACACACGGGAGGCGCUGUUUGGGUCUUGAGAAGUUUUGCAGCCGGCUCUUUGCACCCGGCGCUUCAUUCACACGGAGGCCGAGUAGAUAAAGGAGAGACUGGAGAGGCCAGUCAUAACUGCGGUGUGGGACACGACUCCUAGGACAACAUGGACGAUGAGGAGAAACUGCAACUACUGAACGGAGACAGGAGGUCGUACUCUGGAGUCUUGAGUAAAGACUUCCAUAACCAGAUGUUUACCUAUGUAUCGGACUUAAAUGCCAUUGAAUUGGGUUACGAGGGCAAAAAUCACUGCCACUCCAACAGAGCACAGGAUGAUAGGCACAGCACGGAAAAGGAGCGUGCUCGAAGAAAGCUUUAUGUGGCGUCUGUAAUCUGUCUGCUGUUCAUGAUUGGAGAGGUCAUAGGUGGGUACAUUGCACACAGUUUGGCCAUCAUGACUGAUGCUGCACACCUUCUGACAGACUUUGCAAGCAUGAUGAUAAGUUUAUUUGCCCUCUGGAUGUCUUCACGUCCAGCCACAAAAACAAUGAAUUUUGGUUGGCAUCGUGCAGAAAUCCUGGGAGCCCUCCUAUCUGUUCUAUCCAUCUGGGUAGUGACUGGAGUCCUGGUGUAUUUGGCUGUAGAACGAAUCAUUUCAGGAAACUAUGAAAUUGAAGGAGAAGCAAUGUUAAUCACAUCUGGCUGUGCAGUCGCUGUGAAUAUUAUAAUGGGUGUGACACUUCAUCAGACUGGACAUGGACACAGUCAUGGAGCGGAAAGUACUCACUCUCAUUCACACAGUAGUGGAGAGCUCAAUAACCCCAGUGUUCGUGCUGCCUUUAUUCAUGUGGUUGGAGAUUUGCUGCAAAGCUUAGGUGUCCUCGUUGCUGCCUAUGUUAUCUAUUUCAAGCCAGAAUACAAAAUUAUUGACCCUAUCUGCACAUUCCUGUUCUCUGUCCUUGUUCUGGGCACCACGUUGACCAUUCUUAGAGAUGUUCUGCUUGUACUAAUGGAAGGUACUCCUAAGGGUGUUGACUUUAACAUGGUCAAGGAUACCCUUCUUUCUAUAAAUGGAGUGAAAGCUCUUCACAGCCUUCAUAUCUGGGCUCUGACAGUGUCUCAGCCUGUUCUGUCCGUUCACAUAGCAAUAAAUGAAGAUGCAGACUCCCAGAUGGUGCUGAAGGAAGCCAGCUCUCGGCUACAGAGUAAAUUUCAUUUUCACACAACUACAAUCCAGAUAGAAAAUUACUCAGAAGAUAUGAGAGAUUGUCAAGAAUGUCAGGAUCCAACUGACUAAUAAAGCAUCUUGUAUCUGGAGACUAUUGUAGGCUGGGAUUUUCUUCAGUUCUGUGAUGGGUGUUUUUGCUUGGAUGUGGACAUUUAAAUUACCUUUUGAAGUAAUGUGUCUGAGGAUUACAUCCAUCCUAUUGUGAGAACAUUUGUUCUGUCCAAGGACUUACUCUGAGAGCAGCAUUUUGAGGUUGCUUGGGGCUCCUGCCUCUCAUCUGUUAUUUCUGCUCUCUUUCUCCGAUAUUCUUUAUAAGAUGAGUAGUGAGGAGGGUCUUUUCUCCACCAUGGAGUAUUUUGUACUUUCCCACAGUUUGCAGACUUAUGCACAUUAUUAAAGAGUGAGAGACUUUUUGGUAACUAAGUAACAAAUAAAACAUGUCAUUGGACAUGAUAUAUAG